AUGCGAUUGUCAAUAGCACUUGUGCUUCUUAUAUUUUGCUAUGCUUUAUCAGAGCAAUUCUGGAUUGAUAUCAAAGUGGAAGGAUUAGAAUGGUCAAAUAAUUGUAAUUUAUACAGUACCUGUAUUCAACCAACACUUCAAUUACGUCUUAUCAAUAUCUUUAAUAAUGAGACUAUUAUCAAAACUUUGAAUAUUAACUUUGAUAAACAACAGAUUAACGAAAUUCAUUUGAUAUCAUAUUGGAAUGAGGGAAUACCUGAUAUGAUUGUUUCAACUAUUACUAUUAAUGGAAUUGAUCCCGACUAUGAUUUCUCGAGACUUUGCGAUUCCACUGCAACUAUUUUUCCAUUUCAAAUGGCUAAGAAUCAGACAGAUGGAGCAAAGACUUUGCAAUGGCUAUUGGCUGUGGCUAUUGGGUGCUUAAUUACAUGUUUCAUGCUAAUUCACAUUUUCCUCACUAUAAAUCGUAUCCUAAAAUUGAGAUCAAGAAGUAAUAGACAAAUUAAACGAAGAUCAGUGUUAAAAACAUCGACAUCAAAUGGUGCCAUCUUGAAUGUUGCAGAAAAUUCAUGUGAAUAUGUGAGGUCACGAGUUUUCCCGAUAAGCAUUGAAUCCGGAAAUCCGGAUUUGACGAAAUCUCGAACUGUUUCGAACUUCACUCCAAAACAUACAUUUUCUGCGAAUUCAUCACUUUGUAAUUCAAUAGAAUAG